AUGGCAGAGGGUGUGGUAGGCCUUUUAUUGGAACGCUUGAGCGAUUUGCUGGUGAGCGAAGUAGAACUGCGGACAGGAGUUCGCAGGGCAUUUAUUGAAAUAAAAGAUGAAUUGGAAGGCAUGAGAGCCUUCCUGAAAGAUGCAGAUGCAUGGAAAGAUAAUGACAGAGCUCGCUCUUUCGUUGGCCAAAUCAGAGAUGCUGCCUAUUCCGUCGAGGAUGUGCUUGACGAUUUCACUCUUGGCCUUGCCCAGCUUCGUGAUGGAAGUGGGAAGAAAUCCAUUGGUCCUUCUUGUCUCUGCAAACCCACUUUCUCUAUUGCCCAUCUAAUCAAUCGCCGUCGGAUAGCAUCUGCGUUACGAGAUUUGAAGAUCAAAAUCCAUAACAUCAAUCAGUCGAACCCAAGGUACCAUAGUUUCGCCAAUAAAGAAAUUGGGUGGAGCUCAGGUGCUUUCGGCAAUGGAUGGCGUGACCCUACCGGAGCCGACGCCCUCGUCAUCCCCAGGGAAGAUGAAGUGGUGGGUAUCGACGAGCCCAAGCGAUGUUUGACGAAAUGGUUGGUCCAAGGAGAAUUAGAGCUCAGCGUGCUUUCUUUGGUAGGUAUGGGUGGAGUGGGCAAGACUGCUCUGCUCCGUAAGCUCUACCACAGCUCAACCGUAAAGCAUUACUUCGAACGUCACGCUUGGGUUACGUUGUCCGCGUCUAUUAGCCGAGACGACAUCUUGAGAAAUUUGGUGCAACAACUGUUCGAAGGAAUUCCUGAAGGAGUCUCUGACAUGGAAGAACCGAAGCUGAUGUCUCAGCUUAAGAGUGAGUUAAUUAACAAAAGGUAUGUUAUCGUUCUUGAUGAUUUAUGGAACGCAAGCACUUGGAAAUCCAUAGAAAAGGCAUUCCCUGAUGGUAGAUGUGGGAGUCGGAUAAUUUUGACGACACAACAAUAUAUCCCAAAUUGUGAUCAAUACCCACUUCAAACUCUGUCCUUGGAAGAUUCAUGGACCCUCUUCUGCAGGAAGACAUUCAAAUCCGUUGUUGGGCACCGUUGCCCUUCGCAUCUGGAGGAAGUAUCACGGAAGAUCGUCAACAGAUGCCGUGGAUUGCCUCUAACAGUCUUGGUGAUUGCUGGUGUACUCUCUAGCAUUCCCAAGAAAUCGACUGAAUGGUCCAUUUUGCUUAGAAUCCUGGAUUGGCAGCUAGAACAGGAUCCUUUGAUUCAUGAUUCGCAGACCAUCUUGUCCAUUAGCUAUAGCUAUCUCCCUUACCGCCUGAAAUCAUGCUUCUUGUAUUUUAGUGUUUUCUCAGAUAAUUAUCCCAUCAAGUGCUCGACGUUGAUCAGGCUGUGGGUUGCUGAGGGGUUUGUGGAAAAGAGAUAUGGUGUUUCGACGGAGGAAAUUGCAGAGCACUAUCUUGCUGAACUAAUCAACAGGAGCUUGAUUGAGGUGGGUGAUCGUGAUUUAGAUGGAAAGGUCAGGACUUGUAGAGUCCACGACGUUAUUCGUGAAUUCAUCAUCUCGAAAUCUCAGGAGGAGAAUUUCAAUGUCCUGUAUCGUGAACAUGAGAAAUGGCCCGAGGGGAGGAUACGGCGUCUAUCAAUCAUCCUCACUGGAAAAGAGUUUAAUCCAAAACCAAUAAGCUUACCAUCUUUUCGGUCUCUCUUCAUGUUUGGGAUGAUUCAAAAUUCCACAUCUUCCUUGCUUUCCCUCAUCUCAAGACUUCCAUUUCUAAGGGUUCUGGACUUGGAAAAUACCUCUUUGCAGAGCUUCCCCAAUGAAAUUAUAAAUCUCUUGCAUCUGAGGUAUCUAAGUCUGAAGAACUCAAGGAUUAGCUCCAUUCCAGAGUCAUUGGGGAAGCUUAAAUCUCUACAAACGCUGGACCUAAGGCAUUGUGAUGGUAUAAAAGAGCUGCCGCUUGAGAUUUGUAAACUUCAAGAGCUUGAAAAUCUCCUUGUCUAUGCCUGUUCUGAUGAAAUUUCUAUCACUAAGAAGGGUGUUAAUCUUCCUACUGGAACAGGGUCCAUAACAACACUAACCAACAUUUCAUCUUUCGAUGCAAAGGAAGGCAGCAAGGUAGUGAAAGAACUGGGCAAUCUAACCAAUUUGAGGAAAUUGGUAAUAACCAACCUGAGAAAGGAUGAUGGGAGGUUUCUGUGCGACUCUAUUGAACAAAUGAAGCGUUUGCAGACCCUCAAGAUAAGUGCAAUAGAUAGUGAAGAGCUUGUCAUGCCAUUGUUGUAUUCUCCUCCCACACUUCUUCAAAAGCUAUACAUGCAAGGGGUCCUUGAGAAGCUACCCAAUUGGAUUCUCAAUCUCACAAACCUAGUGAAGUUUAUGCUGCAAGGUUCUAAGCUAAAAGAAGACCCUCUUAAAGGGCUUCAAGCGUUGCCCAAUUUGGUGGAGCUUGUACUGUGGGAUGCAUAUGAUGGAGAAGAGUUAUGCUUCAAGGGACAAUGGUUUCAGAGGCUUAAGAGACUGGACCUCAUUGGACUGGCUCAGUUGCGCUUAGUAUCCGUGGAAGAAGGAUCCAUGCCUUAUGUCCAGAAGAUAACAGUCGAGGAUUCUGAGAAGCUGGAAAUGGUCCCAUUAGGCAUAGAAUCUCUGGCAUAUCUAAUGGAGAUCAGGUUCAUCAACGUCCCAUUGAGAAUAUCAGAACACGAGAGGUUGCAGCGUGUUCCACUUUCAAUUGUGGAUAAGAGUAGAAAAUUUGGCCGGGAGUGA